AUGUCACAGAGCAAACGGGGACAACAUACUACAGAUACGCUGGGAGCCGAGCUAUACCUUCGUCCGUUAAUCUCGUCUUUCAUAUCAAACAUCGGGUACACGACGGCACCAGUGAUCAGCAACGAAACAUAUUGGUCAGCUCUACGCCGACGUGCAGUUAAGACUGGUAUUCCACAUCCUGAGGGGUCACACGCUUUCAAGUGCUUAAAAGUAGGGGGGAAUUAUGCUAUUGCUUGCCUUCCCAACCAUCCUCUAGACGUCCAAGUAUAUGUCGGUAUUUAUACCUGGCUUGCCAUUGUCGUUGACGAUGUAGCAUGUCAGUCUUUGGAAGAUUUCGAGCCCUUUCACGAACGCUUCGCUAGCGGAAAGCCUCAGCCGACAAUUCUUCUUGAGACUUGGGCAGAGAUAAUUCGGUUGGCCUUUGAUUAUUGGGACCCUAUGGUGGCCAAUUUUAUCGUCGCCGCAUCCCUUGACUUUCACAACGCGUGCGUCUUAGAGGCGCGUUCGGAACUCCGCCGCCUGGUACGAACUAAAGGCGGUCAGAGCUUGGCCUGGUACAUGCGUAGCAAGUCCGGUCUUGCAGAUGCGUAUGCGUAUUUUACAUUCCCUAAGGCCGUAUAUCCUGAUAUUUCAUGUUUCCUAGAAGCGAUCCCGGACUUAUCUGCUUAUUUCUGUCUGGCUAAUGAUGUAUUGUCAUUCUAUAAAGAAGAGAAAGCAAAAGAAAAGGACAACUACAUCAAUUACAGAGCUUACUACGAAGGCAGUGAUACCCGAACGGUUCUGUCAGAGGUAAUUGAGCAGACGCAAAAUACCGUCCGGCGUAUGCGAAUUGUAGUUAAGGGACGAGAGCCGUAUGAGCAGGCUUUAAACAACCACAUCUUGGGCUACGUAGCAUUCCAUAUUCUGAGCGAUCGCUAUAUGUUGUCAGAGAUUGGUUUGUGA